AUGGCACUUUUGAUAUUAUGCUGUAGAGGCUCAUCACCAUCCACACGAAUAUAUAUGUCAGCAUUGAUUGCUCUUGUACUUGUCUGCUCAUUUUCAUGUUGCUCUUCAUCAUCAGAAUUUCUAUUUGGUUCACCCACUGGCGAUACGGGCAAAAAUGUUGACGAUGUAGACAUCGACAAAAAAUUUCAUGGUCAAAAUAACGAUGAUUAUCCCUUGCCAUAUCGAUCUGCACCAUCCUCAAUUCAUUAUGUCAAUGCUAUUAAAAAUCCAAUGUUAUCAAAAAGUCAUUUACUAAAUCUCCUUUUGGAUUCUGCUUUGAUCCGAGAAGAUGUUCCCCAUCGACAGUAUCAAGAUCGUUUAUUCAAUAGAAGAUAUGCUCCACAAUCAUUUCAUGCUAUGCGAGGUUAA